CUGACUGCCUCGUUAAAACAAUUCGGUCAGAAGGCUACUUUGGCAUGUACAGAGGGGCUGCAGUGAACCUGACUCUAGUGACACCAGAAAAGGCUAUCAAACUGGCAGCCAAUGACUUCUUCCGGCAUCACCUCUCCAAAGACGGGAAGAAGCUGACGCUGCUGAAGGAGAUGCUGGCGGGCUGCGGUGCGGGUACCUGCCAGGUGAUUGUCACCACUCCCAUGGAGAUGCUCAAAAUCCAGCUGCAGGAUGCAGGGCGAAUUGCGGCACAGAAGAAGCUGAUGGCAGCGCAGGCCCAGCUCUCCUCUUCCUCAGCAGCCGGGGCGGCAGAGCCAGCGGUGGAAACGCGCACAACAGCAACACAGAUAACGAGAGAGCUGCUGCGGAGCAAAGGCAUCGCGGGGCUCUACAAGGGCCUGGGAGCCACGCUGCUAAGGGAUGUCCCAUUCUCUAUUGUUUACUUCCCACUGUUUGCAAACCUGAACAAGCUGGGCCAGAAAGACCCCAAUGUCAAGGCUCCAUUCUAUGUGUCCUUCCUCUCUGGAUGUGUGGCUGGCAGUACGGCUGCAGUGGCUGUCAAUCCUUGCGACGUGAUCAAAACACGGCUGCAGUCCUUGCAGAGAGGAGUGAACGAGGACACCUACUCAGGAAUCCUGGACUGCACCAAGAAGAUCUGGCAGAAGGAAGGGCCCAUGGCCUUCCUGAAAGGGGCAUACUGCCGCGCCCUGGUCAUUGCUCCUCUCUUCGGCAUCGCACAAGUCGUCUACUUCAUUGGCAUUGCGGAGUUCCUGCUGGGCAUGCUCCCCCGGCGCCAGGCCUAGCCCCGGCGUGCCUGCGUGUGCCCUCCUGCCCUCUGCAGCGCUGAAUUCAUCCCUGUGUUCGUCAGCCGUGUCGAUUGGUGUCAGAGCAACAGCACAAAGGGUUCGCGCAGGGACGCCGAGGGGACGCGGUCUCCGGACAAGCAAACGCGGAGAGGGAGAGAGUCCCUUUUCUGUCUCGGUCUGGAACCUGCCCCCUCCCACUCCUUCCACGGACAAUACCUAAUUAUGCAUAUCUUCUUUUUUUUUUUUCCCCUUUUCCUUUUUUUGGUUGUUUUUAAAUUGUCAUUCUUAAGGACACCGGUAAGCACAGACUGGGCUUGCAGACACAGAAGUCUCCUCCCAGCCUUGAGGAGGAAGAGGGAUGGGAAGGAAAUAGCCCGAACCCUCAUCCGCUUCAGUCCCCCUCUUUCUUCCUGGAGUUGCCAGUUAUCUGAGGAGGAGCUGGAGGGGCAGCUGUGUCCCCUCAGCCCCUCCUUGGCUCUGCUGGCCCUGGGUGGAGAGCAGGCACUGCGCAAAGGGG